UCCAACCAUUUUCGUCGCAAAACAACGAAAUCUAUAACUCGGGAACACUAACCCCGGCUCCAUUUGACGCGGCUCCGAUGGUCGCCGCCACCGCCGCCGCAGUCCACCCGUGAGCCCUCUUCCCGCCUAGGGUUCGAUUCGCACGCAAAAAUCGCACACCCUCUGUUUAUUUUAUCCAUUUUUCGUCUCCAAUUUUGUUCGCGUGAUUUGCUCGUGUUGCAUCUGAUUCUGCCCCUGCGGAUGGAUUGGGCGCAGCAGCAAGGCGUGAGCUUGCCGCCGCCGCCGCCGCCGCCGCGAUCCGACCACCCCCGGAUGCAGUACCAGCACGGCGGCAGCCGCAGCCGCAUGCCGCCGUUCGCGCGCGGCGGCGGCGCAUACAGCCGCCGCCAGAAGCAGUUCUACGUGCCGCCGCCGGCAGCCGCGCUGCCUCCGCCGCUGCAGAACAAGUAUGAGGUGCUCAUGGAGGCCGGCCGCCUCGCCGCCGAGUACCUGGUGGCGAAGGGCGUGCUCCCGCCGGCCUCCCUGCAGCGCGGCGGCGCAGUGGGCCCUGGGGGGUGGGGCCAGCUGCCGCCUCCGCCGCCAGUGCCGGCGUCGCAGGAAGCUCCGGUGCACUACGACGCCAGGAAUGGCCGGCGGCGGGUUGAUGAUGAAUAUAGUAAUCCUAACGCCCGCUCGCGGCGGGACCGUGGUGGUGAUUACAGUAGCAGCAACCGUAGUAACUAUAGUGGACGGGGGAAGAGGAAGUUUGGGCCUGACAAUAGAUAUUCGGAUUGGGGAAGGGAUAGGGGGAAGAGCAGAGGGUAUUCGGAUAGCUGGAGUUAUGAUGAGGAGGAUGAGGAUGGGGCUCCUGGGUUUAGGAGGGAGCGGCGAGGCAGUGGUGCGAUUGAUGAGGUUGGGAGUAGCGUGUCGGGGGUGGCUGGGGAGGGGCCAGCCUCGAAGGUGGAGGCGAUGGGGGAGUCAGAGCUGGAGGAUACUGGGUCAAAGGUUAGUUCUAGCAGCAAUGUCCGGCAGAACACUGAUGCUCUGCAAGAGCUGGAGGAUGAGAAUGAGAAUGAGAAUGAGGCAAAUAAAAUGCAGGAGGAUAGUGUGGUGUCUACUUCAGAGGUAGUGGAGCAAACAUUGAAUGACGAUCGUAACAGUAACAAUGCUUCUUCUGGUGUUCAAGAGGCAGAGACAAAACAUUUGCCAAUGUCCUUAGAUGAAACUGUUUCAGAUGGGAGGCCUGAAGAUAGUAGUGUAUUGAAUGAGAAGGUUGAAGAUGAUAAGCCUUUGGAUGAGAAGGCUAAAGAUGAUAUGACUUCAGAUGAGGCCUCGAUCAUGGAGACCAAUUUCUGUAGCGAUUCUAGAAAUUUGCUGAACUUUUGUAGUUUUGCAAGAAUUCCAACAAGACCACGAUCAGUGCUUGCACACAGGAAUGCAGGACCAGCCCAAAGAGAAACUGCUGUAGCUGAACAGGUUGAUCCGGUUUCCUCUGAAGAAGUUUCCCGGAUGGCACUUGAUGGAGGAGCAAAUGCCAACUUCUUAACUACCAUCCAGUCAGACAGUAAAGAUGAUCUGGUCGGCCAAGAACGCGCUGACCUAAGCACCGCUUGCAAUCAAGUAGCAGAAUCAGUGGUAUUCCAUGAAAAGGAAACACAAGGCAAAACUGAAGAAAUGGAAGAACAGAAUAGCAUCCCUCAACAUUAUGGAGUUCGGGAUAAUAAGGAGCACAUUGAACUGUCUCCUGCACUGGUUUCUUGUCAGAAUAACUUGAGGUUGCAAGUUGAGAAAGGAAUACAAAUUUACAAUAUAGAUACACCACCGCAAGAUGAAGAGUUGAUUGGUUCAUCUGAUAAAGGGAAAGCAGUUGGCGCAGAGUUAUCACCUACUAUGGGGGCAGAAGCUGUUGUCACAACGGAAGAGGAAAACCUGGGUCAGUCUAGCUCAUUUAAAAUACAUGAUCGCAACCUGGUUGCUAAUCCAGAGGUUGCUGAGGUGCGAAAUGAUCCUCGUUUAAGCCAAUGCUCCACUGCCGGAUGUUCAGUGGAGCUACAAGAUAAGCAACAAGUUGACUUUGGAACAACUGUUGGUAACAAUCCAAGUGAUACUGACACAUAUGCGCCAUUUAUAUUGGGAAAUAAGGCAGUUCAAGUUAUUGAUAUCAAAGAUGACUCACCAAUUGAAGCUGGUACUUGUGACACUUCAAAAGCAAAUGACAUGAUAUAUUCUAGCACGGAGAAUAUGAUGAACCCUACCGUGAACACCGAUGUUCUUCAUGGUAUCCAAGAUGGUUAUAGUCUUGCAAUUUCAGAUUAUAUUGGUGCUGAUAUGCCAUGCUACCAAUCAAUAGAAAGAGACCUUCAAGCUGGGAUGGGCCUAAAUGGUUCAGAGGGCAUAACUGUCAUGGAUGAUCUAAUAUAUAGUUCUCUUAGCGACAUUGGUUUUAUGGAGGUUUGGGACCAGCCGCCUCAAGACUAUGAAAAGUUCUUCUGAUCUGGCACCAACUCAUGUUUCUGAAACUGUCCGGGAGUUUGACAGAUACAUACGAGUUUCUCUAGUAUAGGCCGAAAUAAAGCAGUAGAUUGGGCCUUCCACAUGGAGUGCCGUAUGCUUGUGUCGCAGCAGUAUCUCACACGCUUGCAUGUUUCAGGCCAUACUGGCACUUGCUUUUGUGAGACCAGGCUCUGCGUCAGUUAGUUCAAAGAAUAGAGUAGAGAUGUCCUGCCUUGCCCGACAAACUUGUGUAAAGAGUUAUCGUAUAGCUGUCUGUCAUAUAAUUCAAGGUACUGACCCCAGCUCGAUAGAGUAUUCAUCCGAAAGAAUUAUUCAUUUGUAAACAGUUUGAUAUGCAAAAUAAAUUGUUUGUUUUGUUA